CCCAACAAUGAAAUUACCAAACAUCUCCAACUAUAACUCUCACAACCUCUUUGUACUCUUCGUUCUCAUCCAAAAACAAUAACACAAAACAUGGCUCUUAUAAAAGUCUCUUCAAUUUUUCUCGUCUACCUAUUCGGUUUCUACUCCCAAACUGCUGCCCAGUCGUCCCAGAUUCUGUAUUGCGGCUGCUCUCCGAUCCUCUGCUGUAGUCAGUUGGGUUAUUGCGGUAUCACCGACGCAUACUGUGGUUCCGGUUGCAGAUCAGGUCCUUGCAGACGAAGUAGAGAUCCGGUUGACAAGAUUGUAACACAACAGUUCUUCAACGAUAUUAUUAGCAAAGCAAGUCAUGGCUGCGACGGUAAAAGAUUCUACACCCGUGAGUCUUUCCUUGAAGCCGCUAAUGCUACCUUUGACUUCACUAGCUCUGUUACCCGCCUUGAGAUCGCUGCCAUGUUUGCUCAUUUCACCUACGUGACCGAAGAUUUCUGCCACAUAGAGGCCGUAAACGGGACGUCAGGUGACUAUUGUGACGAUAACAACAAGCAAUACCCAUGUGCACCGGGCAAGAGUUACCAUGGUCGUGGCCCGCUCCAACUAUCAUGGAACUACAACUACGGUCCUUGUGGUCAGGGCCUCGGUCUCGACCUUCUACGCCAGCCUGAGCUAGUUGGUAGCAACGCAACUUUGGCUUUCAAAACUGGAUUGUGGUUUUGGAUGAAUUACGCAAGGCCGGUACUGAGCCAAGGUUUUGGAGCCACCAUUAUAGCCAUCAGUGGUGAUGACUGUCACGGUGGGAAUUCAGGUGCGGUCGAUGCAAGGAUUGAGCAGUAUAGAGACUAUUGUAAACAGCUUGGUGUGGACCCUGGUGUUAACCUUAGGUGCUAAAAUGCUCUUCAAACGCGCAGUUGACGUGGUACGUAAGUGUUAAAAUUUAAUGAAAAGUGCGAAAAUAAAGAUUGUAAUUUAUCUCUUUGCAUGUAGUCUUCGGUGUAAAGAUUGUAAUUUAUCGCUUACGAAAAUUUGAUGUUGUAGUAAUCAUGUUAUAAAUAAUGGCAUUAACGUUAUUGGUUUAGAAGUACAAAGAACUCACAAUUAAGGUAUUCCUAAUUAUCUUUUAAUUUAGAAGAGGUUUUAGUUGAA